UUGUGGGCCGGACGCAGGCCCGGUCUGUCCGUCUUUUCAAGUUUCCCCCGGGUUGGGACGGAGGCGUGCCACAAGUUCAGUUCCCCCGUAGUGGCCGUGGGUGUCCUGGGUUAGAGGCCAGCUGAGACAUCUUGGUUCUUCAGAUUUGUUGACGUUCAGAAUGCUUCGCUAUCCACACUUUUGUAGAACCUAUAAAGAAUUUCUUUCAUGUUGGUUGGAAGCUGGCAUAUUUAAUUUAGGUGUCUGCCCAAAACGGAUACAUGCUACGUCAGAACGAUGUGAUGAAUUUGAACCCCAGGAGCAAACAAAUCAAGCUGGAUCUCAUGAGUUUCACAGAUCUCAAGACAGAGAUUCUGAAGCUAUGAGUAAACUACAUAUCCCAGUAAUGGUGGAUGAAGUUGUUCGUUGUUUGGCACCACAAAAAGGGCAGAUUUUUCUAGAUAUGACAUUUGGUUCAGGAGGACACACAAGAGCCAUUCUGCAGAAAGAGCCAGAUAUUACUCUGUAUGCUUUAGACAGAGACCCGACAGCUUAUGCAAUAGCUGAGCAACUUUCAGAAUUGUAUCCUAAACAGAUCCAAGCUAUGCUAGGCCAGUUCAGCCAGGCCGAAGGCUUAUUAAUGAAAGCUGGAGUGCAGCCAGGGACGUUGGAUGGAGUUCUUUUCGAUCUUGGAUGUUCCUCCAUGCAAUUUGAUGCUCCUGAAAGAGGUUUUUCCCUUCGGAAUGAUGGCCCUUUGGACAUGAGAAUGGAUGGUGACAGGUACCCUGACAUGCCCACCGCAGCUGAUGUUGUGAACGCUUUAGAUCAACAGGCACUUGCGUCCAUCCUGAGAACAUACGGGGAGGAGAGGCAUGCUAAGAAAAUCGCUUCAGCGAUUGUUCAGGCACGCAGUGUCUACCCCAUCACCAGAACCCAGCAGCUUGCCAGCAUCGUCGCAGGUGCAUUUCCUCCUGCUGCUAUUUAUGCACGAAAAGACUUGCUACAACGAUCUACCCAUAUUGCUACCAAGACUUUCCAAGCUUUCCGCAUAUUUGUGAACAAUGAACUCAAUGAACUUUAUGCCGGACUGAAGACAGCUCAGAAGUUUCUGAGACCUGGUGGUCGUCUUGUUGCACUCUCCUUCCAUUCCCUAGAGGAUCGCAUUGUCAAACGAUUCUUGCUUGGGAUAAGCAUGACAGAAAGAUUUAAUCUAAGUGUAAGACAGAAGGUGGCACAAACAUCACAAUUGGCUUCAAGGAAUGAAAACAAGGAAGGAGUCUCUCUAGGAAGGGCCCCUUUAAUGUGGGAAUUGAUACAUAAGAAGGUGCUUACCCCAGAAAAUCGGGAUGUACAGGAUAACCCCAGAGGGCGCUCAGCCAAGCUUAGAGCAGCUAUCAAAUUAUGAGAAAGUUACAAUCAUCUAAUCCUUCAAGUGUUCCCUCACAGUUUCUCACCUGGACAGAUUAACACAAGAAAUUAUGGGGAUAUAUAUUUAUAUAAGUAUCUGGUCAUAUGUGUGGACAUUGAGCAUUUUUAGCAUUUUUUUUCUCACAGAGAAAAUGUAGGUAAUAUUAAUAUGGCACAGAAAAUUCAACUAAAAGAGCAGCAGCAUCUCAAAAUUGGACAGAUGGGUUUAUCUUGGCAUUAUUCAGGAAAAUGCAUCUUAUCAAUUAUGGUUAUAUAUUAUAAAUUGGUGAUUCUAAGUGAAUAAAAUAGCUAUAUAAUUACAUGUACAUAAGAUAAGAAUUAAAUACUUAAGUUCACUUUUGACUGAUUUUAUCUACCUUUGUAAUAUGUAACUUUAGUUUCAAAGCUUAUUGACUGCUUCUACUCUAUAGGCUUUAUUCAAAUCUGAACAAUUCUUUAUUGAAAUCACUAAUAGAAAAUAUUCUAGGGAACAAUGUGCUCAAAUUAGAAACAAAAAAUGCACCUAGAAAAAUGUUUCUUUUUUGCAUGAAGUCAUAUUUAUUAGUGAGAGAGAUUCUCAACGGUAAGUUCCCAUCCAAGUACCCGAUCAACACACAAAAGAUCACACUCUUAUAUUCAACAGUGUUUCAUCUGUUUCAUCAAUUAUUUUUAGAUCUAUAUACUAUGGGAAUUUUUUUCGUUAAUAUUAAUGAAACUGACAGCACUGGGUUGGAUAGUGUCCUUCUAAAAUCCAUGUCCUUCACGGAACCUCAGAAUGUAACCUUAUUUGAAAAUAUGGUCAUUGCUGAUGUAAGUACUAGUAGUUAGGACAAUUUGGAGCAGGGCAGGCCCUUUAUCAAAUGUGUCUGGUGUCCCUGUAAGAAGCUGGGAAGAGACAGGGACAGAGGGAAAACACAUGAAGAUGGAAGCAGAGAUUGGAGCGAUACAUCUGCAAACCAAGGGAAGCCAAGGGCUGCUGGCAACCAUCAGAAGCUAGGAGAGAAGCAUGAAAUAGAUUCUCCAUCAGAGUCUUCAGGAGGAGCCAGCUGUGCUGACACCUUGAUUUCAAACUUCCAGCCUCCACAACAGUCAGAGAAUAAAUUUCUGCUAUUGUAAGCCACCCAAUUUGUGGUAAUUUGUUACAGCAGCCCUAGGAAACUAAAACUCUGACAGCAAAAAAUCUUGAAUAAGUUUCAUGACAAGAAGGUUUCUUCAAUAAACAAAAAAUUGCUUUCAAAUUGUUGUAGUAUAAAAAUAUAUUAGCUACUUUAUGUAAUUAGACUGUUUACCACAAUCAUUCUUGCUUACUUUUUAGGUCUAUAAAAUAAAAUAUAUGAAUGAGGCUUGGGAGUAGAGAAAUAAAGAAUCAAUCUCAAGUGCAUGGCACUCAACAUUUUCACCUAUUUCCCCACCCUACUACUAUCCUUUGGCAACCAUCAGCUUGUUCUCUAUACCUGUAGAUCUGUUGUUUUGUUUUGUUCCUUUGUUUUGUUUUGUAGGUUGGUUUUUUAGACUUCACACAUAGGUAAAAUCCUACAGUAUUUGUCUUUCUCUUAUUUAUUUCACUUUAGCAGAAUACCCUCUAGGACCAUCCAUUUUGUCCCAAAUAGUAAGAUUUUAUUCCUGUUUUUACAAAUUAAUAUUCUAUCGUAUGUAUGUACCACCUCUUCUUUUUCUACUCACUUACUGAUGAAUAUAUCAUUGCUUUCAUAUCAUUGCUGUUGUCAGUCAUGCUGCAGUGAUCUAAAGCUGCAUGUCUUUUUGAAUUCAUGUUUUUGUUUUCUUCAGAUAAAUAUCCAUGAAGAGUAUUGCUGGGUCAUAUGGCAACUCUAUUUUUAAUUUUUUGAGGAAUCUCCGUACUGUUCUCCAUAGUGGCAAUGCGAAUUUACAACCUACCAAAUUGAGUGAAGGUUCCAUUUUCUUCACAUCACUUGUUAUUUGUUGAUUUUUAAAUGAUAACCUUUGUUAAAAGAGUGAGCUAAUAUUUCAUUAUAAUUUUAAUUUGCAUUUUCCUAAUGAAAAGUGAUGUUUAGCAUAUUUUUUUAUGUCUGUUGGCCAUUGGAUGUCCUCUUUGGAGAAAUGUCUACUCAGCUUCUCUGCUUAUUUUUUAAUAUGAAUGAGUUUUAAAUGGUUAAUUCUGGAGAAUGUUUUUGGGGAAUUCAAGCAAUAUUUAUGGAAAAUAAAAACUGAUUGUUAGCAUGAAUAUGAAUUGCUUUUCUAAUAAAAUAUAAAGAAUAUAAAA